AUGACUAGUCUGGAGACUAGCCUAGCACAGUCCGGACACCGGCCUGCACCUGCAGCACCUGAGCCUUCAGGGGCCGAGCAUGAUCCUGAGCCAGAAGAAUCCCAGGCGGGGUAUGAUCCAAUGGAUGUGGAUCUAGGGGUAAUACCAGAGGAAGAGCCCAGAGAAGAAGACCCCGAAGAAGAGCCCGAAGAAGUACCAGAGGAAGAACCCGAGAACGAGCCAGAAGACAAGCCAGAGGACGAGCUAGAGGAUGAGCCUGAGAAUGAACCAAAGGAGGAGCCAGAAGAGGAGCCUGAUGAGGAGGAGCGGGUAAAGGUUCCAUUAGAGUCGGGUGAGUUGGGUAACCCGAUUGAGAUCGAGGCCGACUCGGAGUCCUCUGAGGAGCAAAUGGCUCAGAGGGAUUCAGACUCGAUUUUGAUCUACUUGGAUUAA